UGUAAAUUAAAAUAUUUGGCCAAGAAAUGAUCCCCGCCCUCGGCUCCCUCCACCGCCAUUUCCUUAUACCCCGUGGAACGAUUGCGAGUAACAUUAGGGUUUUGGGACGAGCAGCAAGGAUGACGAAAGAACAAUUGGCGUCGCCCGCGACCGUGGAGUGGCCGGCGAAGAAGGUGAGGGAGACGUUUGUGAGCUUCUUCGAAGGGAAAGGUCACGUCAAUUGGCUUUCAAGCCCCGUGGUUCCCCUCGACGAUCCAACGCUUCUCUUUGCCAACGCCGGGAUGAACCAGUUUAAGCCCAUUUUUCUUGGAACCGUAAACCCCAGUACGCCUCUUGGCAAGCUCACACGCGCCUGCAACACCCAGAAGUGCAUCCGUGCUGGCGGCAAGCACAACGACUUAGAUGACGUUGGGAAAGACACUUACCACCACACCUUCUUUGAGAUGCUUGGAAACUGGUCAUUUGGUGAUUACUUCAAGAGGGAGGCAAUCCCCUGGGCCUGGGAGCUUCUGACACAGGUGUAUGGUUUGCCUAAAAAUCGUAUUUAUGCCACAUAUUUUGGAGGAGAUGAAAAGGCCGGUCUUCUUCCUGAUAAUGAAGCAAAAAACAUAUGGCUAGAGUUUUUACCAGCUGAACGAGUGUUGCCUUUUGGCUGCAAGGACAACUUCUGGGAGAUGGGUGAUACUGGCCCCUGUGGUCCUUGUACUGAAAUUCAUUUUGACCGAGUUGGUAACCGUGAUGCUUCUGCUUUGGUCAAUAAUGAUGAUCCAACAUGCAUAGAAAUAUGGAACCUUGUAUUUAUUCAGUUUAAUAGAGAGGGUGAUGGCAGUUUAAAGCCCUUACCUGCAAAACAUGUUGACACAGGGAUGGGGUUUGAGCGUUUAACUUCUAUACUGCAGAAUAAAAUGAGCAAUUAUGACACUGAUGUGUUCAUGCCAAUAUUUGCUGCUAUCCAGCAAGCGACUGGAGCUCAACCAUACUCAGGAAAGGUUGGGGCAGAUGAUGUUGAUAAAGUUGACAUGGCCUAUAGGGUGGUGGCUGAUCAUAUAAGAACACUUUCAUUUGCUAUUGCUGAUGGUUCUCGUCCUGGCAAUGAGGGGCGUGAAUAUGUAUUGAGGCGCAUUCUUCGAAGGGCCGUACGUUAUGGUAGAGAGGUUUUAAAAGCCCCAGAAGGAUUUUUCAGCCAUCUUGUAGGUGUUGUGGUGAGCGUGAUGGGAGACAUUUUUCCAGAGCUUAAGCAGCAUGAGGAGAAGAUUAGAGAUAUCAUUUCAGAGGAGGAGGCUAGCUUUGGAAGAACAUUGGUGAAGGUAAUCUUGAUCAACAUCCCUGUGUGGGCUAUACCUCUGAAUAAAACGUUUAUUUACAUGCUGAAUGAAAUUGAGGUUUCAAUUUUUGCUUCAGAUUCUGCAUUUAUUCUGUGGGACACUUAUGGUUUUCCCGUGGAUUUGACUGAGUUGAUGGCUGAAGAAAGGGGCCUAAUCGUAGAUGUUGAGGGUUUCCAUGUUGCUAUGGAGGACGCUAGAGAGAAGGCAAGAAAUGCUCGAAGCAAGGCAGUUGGUGAUGUAAUUGCACUGGAUGCUGAGGCUACAUCAGAAUUGCAUUUAAAAGGAGUGAAUCCAACUAAUGAUAGCCACAAGUUUGUAUGGUUCCAGGCUCAUGAAACAGUUGUAAAGGCUAUCUAUAAUGGAUCUGAAUUUGUAGAAACUGCUGAUGCUGGUUCUGAUUUUGGAGUUAUCCUGGAAAGCACAAGCUUCUAUGCAGAAUCUGGUGGUCAGAUAUACGAUACUGGCUCUCUUGAAGGGAAAUCCGGAUCAUUUCAAGUCAAUAAUGUUCAAAUUUUUGGUGGAUAUGUUCUUCAUAUUGGUGCUUUUACCGGAGACAGUGGAGCAUUAUCAGUUGGUGAAAGGCUAAUUUGCAAGGUUGACUACCAAAGGCGUACCCUUAUUGCCCCUAACCAUACUGCCACACACAUGCUGAAUUUUGCUCUUCGGGAAGUCCUUGGCGAUCAUGUUGAUCAGAAGGGCUCCAUUGUUCUUCCUGAAAAGUUGCGGUUUGAUUUCUCCCAUGGGAAACCUGUCCAUCCUGAGGACUUGAGAAUGAUUGAGGCCAUUGUGAAUCAGCAGAUCAAAGAUGAACUGGAUGUGUAUGCAAGUGAGACUAGCCUUUCUAUAGCAAAGCGAAUUGCUGGUCUUAGAGCCGUGUUUGGAGAAGUCUAUCCUGACCCAGUUAGGGUUGUGUCAGUUGGUCAAAAAGUGGAAGAUAUUGUCGCAGAUCCAGAAAACAAGCAGUGGUUAUCUAUAUCAACUGAACUGUGUGGAGGGACUCAUAUAUCAAACACUCGAGAAGCUAAAGCAUUUGCACUUCUUUCUGAGGAAGGAAUUGCUAAAGGUGUUCGGAGAGUAACUGCAGUCACAUCUGAAUAUGCUUUCAAAGCAUUAGAGUUGGCGACUUCUCUUGAUUUUGAGAUUGCAUCCACAUCCAUAUUAGAAGGAACCUUACAGGAAAAGAAAGUGGCAGACCUAAAGAGUAGAAUAGAUAAAGCAUCUGUUCCAGCAGCUUUAAAGGCUGAUAUGAAGGCAAAGAUCUCUCAGUUGGAGGGACAAAUCAGAAAGGACAAAAAGAAGAUGGGGGAGGAGAAUAUUGAAAGGGCUAUUGGUAUAGUUACUAGUGUUGCGGAGGAAGCAGCAUCAAAAGGAAAACCUUUUUGUAUCUGUCAGGUAUCUGUGGGUCUUGAUACCACAGCUGUUCGGGAGGCGGUUCUGAGGAUUAUGGAUCAGAAGGGAUUGGCAGUGAUGGUAUUCAGCACUGAUGAAAAUUUGAACAAAGCUGUAGUGUGUGCUGGAGUCCCUAACAACCCUUCAUUGAAAGGUCUGGCAGCGUUGGAGUGGCUAACCGCUGCAAUGAAACCUAUCAGUGGAAAGGGUGGUGGAGGGAAGAAUGGCAUUGCUCAGGGCCAGGGAAAUGAUGCAACUCAUGCUGUUGAGGCCAUAGGUGUUGCAGAGAAGUUUGCACAGAUGAAGCUGAGCUAAAAAUUAUUUUGAUCGACGAAAUUGCUUACAUAUUAUCACCUUGUGGUUUUCCUUCAAUUGAAGCCUGGAGGAAUUUUGGUGAGCUCAACUAAUUGAAAGGGAAAUAUAGUAUGUGUUGGCACUAUUUAUUGUCACAAUAUAUAGAAAAUAUUCACUUAAUUUAUUGUUGUACACUAAUUGAUAACUUAAUUGUGUGAUUUGGUGCACAAAACAGUGAAAACUAUGCCUAAAAUCCCCAGAUGAGAAGCCAUGCAUACCAUUGAUCAUUAUUUACCUUUAAGAUUCUUAAAGUA